UACCAGGAGGUCGAGUUACUUGAUUCUCUGAUCAUCUAAUCAUCCGACCUCGUCUUUCUGUCGUCCCAAGUACGCUUUCUAACCUCCAGUCACUGCAAUGUCCCAGCGCCGCCGCAGACCCAUUCUCGGGGCCGCCGUACUCGUCGGUGCGUCCAGGUCAGCUGCCAGGCACGAAGUACAGAAGCAGGCAGUUAUGGACUCUCAGCGUGAGGUCGAGAUACAGCAUGAGGUCGAGGCGCGGAGGCGCCAAGAGGUAGAACAGGAACGUCGACGAAGCGAUGAAGAAAGCAGCCACAGACAACCAAAAUCUUCAACAGAGCGCCCUUGCGAUUGUGCCACCACCUCCGCAGCAGGUUUACAAUACCCAACCAGCGAUGCCAAUUCAAACACAGGACAGGGGGCUCUUGAUGACGACGCCCGGACAACCCUACAUACCAGUUACGAACGCUGCGCCCAACCUUCAGCCGGAGCAGCUCAUGCGAGCCCCUUCUCCGCAGGUGCCGGCAUACUUGUCAGGGUCUCCAUCACAGGAUGGGAGGCCAAAGAAUGCACAAGGCAUCAGUUCCACAGCGCCGGCUCUAGAGUCAAACGCUCGGUAUUGUACCCAAUGCGGCUUUGCUUGCCAAUUCAGUGACAGAUUCUGUCGUCGAUGCGGUGCAAAGCAAGUUUAGCAGGAGCGCAGGGUAGAGUGAGCUGUUCGAGGUAGGGCCGAAGAGUGAUGGCGCGCCUGAUCAUAUACAGUUGAGAAAGCCACCGGGUAUCGUUGUCAAUAACCAAAUCGAUGGGCUUGCUCGCUCUGAUCCUAGGAUCCGAAGACAUGUCGAAUUCGGAACGCUGUUUACUCCGCAGCAGAUAAGUAGG